AUGUAUAAGACUCAUAAGCGGCAGCGUUUUGAUUUGAACAACCUGUACACAAAUGUUAUUACAAAAUAUAUGUCGCCUUGGCUCACAGCAGCUAGCAAGAUUUACGACAAACAUAUUAGGGUUGGUGAACCCUUUCCUGUGUUCAGUAGCGCUCAUAUGCUCGAACUAAAACUAUUAUGUCGGCAUUAUAUUAUUCAUUUCAGGAUAACACGAUAUAUAAAGGAGGUAGCAGAAUCCGAAAGCAUAAAAUGGGUAUUACGUCCGGGUAAGCCUAGUCUCCAAUGGGUUACGAUACCGUGUUCUGGCCUUGCUUCACAUAGUAUUACUCCAGAUGUUCUGAAAGAUAACAAUAGCAAACCGUCUAUGCACCUCGGGUACUGGGAAAUUUUCCAGCAUUUAAUUAGAGUAAGUCGAAAUUCCGAUUUACCAGAUCAUGUUGAUCUAUUUAUAUGGGACGACGAUUUUCCGUUGCUCGAGCCGAGCCGUGAGUACCACUUUUCUCCAUUACGUAUGUUGGUGGGACACAUGCAGCAAAUAUCUAUUCCACCUCCUGUAUUGAUCUAUUGUAACAAAGCAAACAAGCUCGUUUUUAAAGUAAGCCGCGCGGAUAAAUGCGAUGAGUUUUGGUACGACUUAUUAAGACCAGGUAUUGACUUCGUACCCGUCGCACACGAUAUGCACGAUCUCUUGUCAAAGCUGAUACACUUUCGUGCGCACCCAGCUGAAGCACUUCAGAUAGCUAACAGCGGAUUGAAACGCGUAAGCUUUCUUCUACGUGCUGACAUCUGGCCUCGAUAUGCCACGGGUAUUCUGCGUGCUCUAGCGGCAUUACAAACUAAACCCGACUCUCCCGAAGAGCAAAGAAUGGCAUCCCUGGGUCUCACAUCAGAAGUGUGUGGCACCGCUUCAUCGGCAUGGUGUAGCUGUAGGGCGUGAAUAGAAACGAUGACCUUAUUAAGAACUGCUCUUUAAUUUUUUCCAUUUUUGACCGUCGCGUGCCUUCGUCUGUCGAUGGACUUUUAUACUGGUUAUGUUACCUCAAAAUACUAGCAUCUACUUCAAGCUGCGACGCAUCUCUCUCAGUCGAAUAACUUGGGCUACCUUCUACCUUCCUUCUAUCUCUAAUAAGACAAAUUUGAUUCUUUUCAAACCUGUAUAUAUUCAAAAAGUUUUAGU